GCGCACUCGCGGAGUUGGGAACUGGAUGGAGCCGAUAGAAGUGGGCAGUUUAGUUAUAUGAAGUGGAUUUUGACAGCGGAUCUCGGGGUUUUGUCGUCAGGCUACCGCGUUUCCAACUGGAUCUUACAACGUGUCCACUGGGGAAAACACUAUUAUCUACAAGAAACGUAGCUGGAAUGCGCUAAUAUGGAAACCAAACCGUUCUUGUCUCUAGGGCUCCUGAAAAACGCGUGCUCGGGAGCGCCGCCAUGUAUGCGGAGCCGGCCGGGCGACGCUGGCAGUUCGCCCGAUGGCUGCUCUGGCUUCACAGGAAUGUAUCCACUCCAACAGCGCAGGAUAUCCACAGACUCCUCUGGUCAGCUCUUGUCGUCCCCUCUGAACUCCUCCAUGGGUCAUCGGGGUAUCGGCAGUCACUCUCUCCACCCUUCACUGCUCAGCCCCUCCGCCGUGAGCUCCAGCCCGGGUCAGCUUCACUCGCCCAUCAGCACCCUCAGCUCGCCAUCAACAGCCUGCCCUCACCCUUCCCCGUCAUCAGCUCGCCCAUGGGACACCCUUCCAUGAGUGGCGGCCCGUCCUCCAACAGCAUGGUCUUCAGACCGAGCCUAAGUCCGCAGCUCAGCUCGCCCAUGAAUGCCAUCAUUAGUUCGGAGGACAUUAAACCCCCUCUGGGUCUGAACGGGGUGAUGAAGAUCCCGUCGCAGCCCAUGGGUACGUCCCUCUCCCUCACCAAACACAUCUGUGCCAUCUGCGGCGACCGCUCAUCAGGUAAACACUACGGGGUGUACAGCUGUGAAGGCUGUAAGGGAUUUUUUAAGAGAACGGUGAGGAAGGACUUGACGUACACUUGCCGGGACAGCAAAGACUGUUUGAUCGACAAGCGCCAACGCAACCGCUGUCAGUACUGCCGAUAUCAGAAGUGCUUAGCCAUGGGAAUGAAGAGAGAGGCAGUUCAGGAGGAACGACAGCGGGGAAAGGAGAGGAGCGAGGGCGAGUUCAGCAGCUGUGCCAACGAGGACAUGCCCGUGGAGAAGAUUCUGGAAGCCGAACUGGCAGUGGAACCGAAGACCGAAACCUACGUGGAGGCCAACCUGACUAUGCCUGCCAACUCUCCAAACGACCCUGUAACUAACAUCUGUCAGGCAGCUGACAAGCAGCUCUUUACCUUAGUGGAAUGGGCCAAGCGGAUACCUACCUUUUCUGACCUCCCAUUGGACGAUCAAGUCAUCCUCCUGCGAGCAGGAUGGAAUGAACUCCUGAUAGCUUCUUUUUCACACCGUUCCAUAGCUGUGAAAGACGGGAUAUUGUUAGCGACAGGCCUUCACGUCCAUAGAAAUAGCGCACAGACUGCCGGCGUGGGAGCUAUCUUUGACAGAGUGCUGACGGAGCUUGUGUCAAAGAUGAGAGACAUGCAGAUGGACAAGACUGAACUUGGAUGCCUGCGGGCCAUUGUUCUGUUCAAUCCAGAUUCAAAAGGACUAUCUAAUCCAGCAGAGGUGGAAGCUUUACGGGAAAGAGUAUAUGCCUCUUUAGAAGCCUACUGUAAACAAAAAUACCCUGAUCAACCUGGAAGAUUUGCCAAACUCUUACUGCGCCUGCCCGCCUUGCGAUCCAUCGGCUUGAAGUGUCUGGAACAUCUCUUCUUCUUCAAGUUGAUCGGAGACACGCCCAUCGACACUUUCUUAAUGGAAAUGCUGGAAGCGCCGCACCAAAUGACAUAAGGGAAUGAUUUUUUUUCUCCUGAAAGCUUUCCCAGAAGGCCUCUGUAGAGCCGCGGCCGAGGGUGUAGUUUUAUGUACAGAACACUAGAAGAGGCCAGCACAGCACACAUGUCGACGGAGACUGCUUUGUCCUGACUGAUAAACAUCUCACAUCUCACAGGGGAGGAUUGAACUGCUAGUAACUCAACCUUUGGUGGAACAUCAAAAGCGUUGCGUAAUACACUAAACCCUUUCAUUACGGGAUACAGUACAAACCGGACGGAUCAAGAGAGUUUGUUUUGUUGGUUUGCAUGCAUUUUUUGAAAACCUCAUCCAUGUUUUUUGCCUUACAGAGGUCUACCUCUGCUUUCCGUUGAGUUCAUACCGUACACAGCCAAACCGCCUCAUCUCUCCACAUUUUGCUGUGAAUUCUCAGUCAUUUCGAGUUCCUCAAUACCUCAGAUGCACUUCUUCAUGCAGCUGUCCUUAAAAAGACAUCACUGUCCAGGUGUGUGUGCCAUUGGAUUCAGUGUUAACAGCAUGGACCGUUCUGUUGAUGUGAGGGCGGGACCGAAGCUGUUUUUUCCAGGCACUUACAGAAAGUUUCUCGAGAGGUGUUGACACGUCAGAUUGAUGCGAGUCUGUCUGCGUGAGGAAGAAACUUCACGCUGUGCGGCUAUUGUUUAAGUCCUUUUCUUUUCGUAAGACAUGUGAAUAACAGCGAAUGAAAAGCAGGUGUGCUCCUGGAUGAACUGGUUGUUGGGUUCGUGUAAAAAAGUAUUGAAGACUUUACGAUUUUGCCGCUAUAAUUCAGCAUAAAUAUGUAUUAAGGAUUUCCAAAGAUUUUCAAUAAUGUUUGUAUAUCAUCUUUAUAAUUCCCAGCAAGUGGGGGUUUGUGAUUUGAAAAUAUGCAAGGAGUUAAAGGAAUCCAGAUGAUAGUCUGGCCUCAGGGAACAGCAGGGUUUGGGAAGUGCUAUGACUGCCCCCUAUUGGAUGUGUUGUGACGUUGCAACUGAACUCACGUGCUAUAUGAAUGACACGCAACAUGAACCGAUUUUGGGCUCGACAUACAAUGCAAAUAACCAUUCUUAGCCCUCAGGUUUAUACAAAUGCAAAAACAAAUGCAUUUGUUGUAUUUUGGGGUUCUGUUGUCCAGUAUCUUUCAUCUAUGUCGUGUAAAUAAUAAGGAUACAUUUCACAAUGCCAUUGGUAUUGAUGCAUUAAACCUCAGUUGCAGAUUGAGCCAGUCUAAACCAGUUUUAUAGAGUGCAUUUAAAACGGCUAUUAUUGAAAUUUGAAAAAACAAAUAUGCCGUGUAGUAGCAAUUUAAGGAAUUUAGCACAUUAUGGCAAUAGUCUAUAUUUGAUCACUACAUCGCAAACACCAGGCCUCACAGCAGAACGUCCACAGACAUGUCACACGUGCACAGUCUACUAUGCAUAUUUUUAUUAAGACUGUCAAACAAUUAGUCUCAAUUACAUUUGUUACUGUUAUGUCUUUGUACGGUGCAUGUUAUUUUUUUAUUAAUAAACACAUGCACUUAUAUUUAAAAAAAAUUGUAUAUGUAAUUUAAAUUAUUGGUGAAUUGAAAUAGUGUUAAUAUUUCCUAAAUAUGUAUAUGUGUAUGUGUUUAUAAAUACAAAUCAAUAUGUACAGUACACAGACAUACUCACCUAAAGGAUUAUUAGGAACACCUGUUCAAUUUCUCAUUAAUGCAAUAAUGGUGGUGGUGUAAUGGUGUGGGGGAUGUUUUCUUGGCACACUUUAGGCCCCUUAGUGCCAAUUGGGCAUCGUUUAAAUGCCACGGCCUACCUGAGCAUUGUUUCUGACCAUGUCCAUCCCUUUAUUACCACCAUGUACCCAUCCUCUGAUGGCUACUUACGGCAGCAUAAUGCACCAUGUCACAAAGCUCGAAUCAUUUCAAAUUGGUUUCUUGAACAUGACAAUGAGUUCACUGUACUAAAAUGGCCCCCACAGUCACCAGAUCUCAACCCAAUAGAGCAUCUUUGGGAUGUGGUGGAACGGGAGCUUCGUGCAUCCCACAAAUCUCCAUCAACUGCAAGAUGCUUUCCUAUCAAUAUGGGCCAACAUUUCUAAAGAAUGCUUUCAGCACCUUGUUGAAUCAAUGCCACGUAGAAUUAAGGCAAUAGGGGCGAAAAGGGGUCAAACACAGUAUUAGUAUGGUGUUCCUAAUAAUCCUUUAGGUGAGUGUAUAUUACGCAAACACAAACUUUUGUUCUGGAUGCGAUUAAUCGUGUGAGAGCCCUAAUUUUUAUGUAUGCGUUUAUACACAAACAGCUUAUAAAGUCUAUUGUAAUAGGCUACAGGAAUUAUCAGUUUAUCGGUCAUGUGUUCUUAUGCUUCGACAGGGAAAAACUUCAGUCAGCCGUCAGGGAAGUUCUUGGACUUUGAUAUGUUCUGUGUUUCUAAAAUUUUCAAUGAACAUCAUCGGCCCUUAAUUUCUUAAAAAAACCAGCAUGUUUAAAAUAUGCUGAAUGCUCGUUGUAAAGCCCUCCUGGGAUUGGAGGACUGACUAUUUAAACAGAGUUAGGUUUUGCAUCGAAGAGCCAGGCACAUCUUAUCUGACAUCUGCUACAAUCCUGAUGUGUCUUUCAUCCGUAUCAUUUUUCCUGUGACACACCAAUCCAUCACAGGACUACAUGAUAUGAAAGAGAUGCAUUUUAAGAGAAUUAUCUAUUUUUGUACAAAGUGUAAUUUUAUCUUCAUAUUGCUAUUUCAUUGUUUUUUAAAUUGUAUACAUUGUUGGUAUAAAUUUAUUUUAGUUCUUGGUAGGCAUGCCAUCAAACCUGAACUGAGAGAAUGGUUUACAUAGAAAGGCUUCUCUGUUCUUUUACCAUUAUUUAUCUUUCAUGGUACCCUCAACCGAGAGCUUGUUCUUUUUUUACAGGAUACAUUGAGGGUGGGCUGUGUACUGUCCCAUUAUAUAUGUCUAAGGACUAUUAAAUUUCAAAUUCCAAAAAUAUGGCUUCAAUGGUUUACAAUGUAUGUGUGAGUACAUAAAUGUGUCUUUCUAGUAAAAGAAAUGACUUGUUUUUCUUAUAACAAUUGUGGAUGUCGGAGUUGAUAGUAAAAAGUUAACUUUAUAGCCUCAUGGGCAGUGCUCCUACACGUGGCGCAGUUGCGCAUCAGGCGACCCGGGUUCGAUUCCCAUCUUGUGGUCCUUUCCAGAACCCACUCCCUUCUCUCUCUCCCACUUCGCUUCCUGUCCUCUCUAUCACUAAAACUGUGCAAAUACAGGCAAAAACGCCAAAAAUAAACAAAUUUGCAGCCAAUAAUGUCAAGCAGUCGGGAACACUCUGGAGUUAGGGGCCCAGGGUCCGGAUUCACUAAACUGUAAAGGCAAAUUAUAGGAUUGUUUGUAAGAAUGUUCCUUCUUCAGAAGUGUUUUUGUAUUUUGUUAAGAACAGCUUCAUUUUUUUCAUUAGAAUAAAAUGACAUGUGCUUUGAAAAUCAAUCUUGAUUGGAAAAAUGUAAGAACUGUUUCAAGAAGUUUUUUUGAAUUUAAGAAAAAUUAUGGCAGUUAAGCAUUAUUUUCAUUUUAGGAAUGUUUUGUGAAUCCAGCAGCCAUAGAGCAUAUGAGAGACAAAUGUCCUUCAAGGUGGAUUUGUUCCAAGAUACUCAUCAUGACUGAUCCUUGCAUCUGCUUUUUGUGUAAGUUUUAAUGAUGCACAUACAGCUCCAUUUUGAAAAAACAUGUCAAUUAAUUAGCAUUUUAGCAAAAGGGGUGAAACCAACCAAGCAAAUCCACAAGAUACAUUUUUGGUUAAAUAGUUGGUUCGUUAUAGUAGAUUGUGGUUAUUUAUAGUGCAAAAGGGUUCUUAAAAAAUAAAAGAAGAAAUGUUUUUUAUGAGAACCCUACAUUGGCUCUUCCAUAGCAUCACUUUUAGGAACCGUUUGUAGCAACUUUAAUUAUAAAGGUGUAAUGACACAA